AUGAUACUCACCGUAUCUACUACCUUCAUCAACAUUGUGAUUCUCACCUUCAUCGGCAUCAUGAGUCUCACCUUCAUCGACAUCAUGAUUCUCACCGUAUCUACUAACUUCAUUGAUAUCUUGAUUCCCACCGUAUCUACUACAUUCAUCAACAUCAUGAUUCUCACCGUAUCUACUACCUUCAUCGACAUCGUGAUUCUCACCUUCAUCGGCAUCAUAAUUCUCACCUUCAUCGGCAUCAUGAUUCUCACCGUAUCUACUAUCUUCAUCGACAUCAUGAUUCUCACCGUAUCUACUACCUUCAUCGACAUCAUGAUACUCACCGUAUCUACUACCUUCAUUGACAUCGUGAUUCUCACCUUCAUCGGCAUCAUGAUUCUCACCGUAUCUACUAUCUUCAUCGACAUCAUGAUUCUCACCGUAUCUACUACCUUCAUCGACAUCAUGAUACUCACCGUAUCUACUACCUUCAUUGACAUCGUGAUUCUCACCUUCAUCGGCAUCAUGAUUCUCACCGUAUCUACUAUCUUCAUCGACAUCAUGAUUCUCACCGUAUCUACUACCUUCAUCGACAUCAUGAUACUCACCGUAUCUACUACCUUCAUUGACAUCGUGAUUCUCACCUUCAUCGGCAUCAUGAUUCUCACCGUAUCUACUAUCUUCAACACAAGCCAUAAUAUAUAUUUUUAA